UCCUAUGAAUCCUAUAAUGAACAGGAUUUCAGUCAUUUCCCAAUAAGACAUUCAAAUCACUACUCAACUCAUAAUAACAAUGAUUGCGGGCCUAUUCUUCAGAUGGACGCGUCUAAUAUAGCAAAUGCAAUGUCCAGCGCUAUAGACAUUCACGCCGAUAAUGUGAUCCAUACAAUGAUACCGUCAAACAAUGAGGAAAACAAAUAUGAAUUUGGGGUUAUGGAUGAUAUGGAACCGUAUCGCGAAUACGGCAACUCUUUUGACAAUAAUAUUUUUAUGGAUGAUAUGGAACCGUAUCGCGAAUACGGCAACUCUUUUGACAAUAAUAUUUUAAUACUUACACAGCCCUAUAAGAGUGAUAACUGUGGCAAUCAUUGGGUUGAGUAUUCAUAUAACACUCCUCAUGAGUAUUACGACGAGAAUUCAUACAAUGGAUAUAAUUAUGUGAAUUAUGAGGAAAGACAGAAUGAAUGGCCGAUUGUGCCAAAGAAUGAAUCUCAAGAGAUGAGCGACGCCUCCUCUGAAGCCAUAUAUUUAGAUAAUUUAGAAAUCAGUGACGCGAGAGAUAUACUCGAUUUGGAGACACCGAUCAAGACAUCCAAAGAGAUAAUUAUACCAAAUAAUGAAACCGUUUGGCCGUUAAAUACACACAAUAUUUCGGACAACAUUUUGGAUGAAAGCCAACAAAACGCUGACUCAACACAAAGUGAUGAAUAUAUCGUCACUUCUUUGGAUGACUUACAGCCCAUCGAUAAGGAAGACAACCAACAAAUAGCAUGCAAUUUAGACGACUGGACACACAUUCAAAAUAAUGACUCGAUUUUCAAUACAAACAUAACACAAGAAGUGGUAUUCGAGACAUCGGCUCAACCAAUGAUGAUCUCUGAAUAUCACAUGUAUUCUCAAGAAUUAGAUAAUUGU